UUUCCUAUUUGUGACACGACAGGACAAAUGCAGAGAUUAGCUCUCUGGUCCUCUGUGCAAUGUACCACAGCGCACGUCUCGUCCUCUGCCCUCAUCACAGUGCUCCUUAUCCUUCAGGAUCAUCUCUCCUCCACUGUGAUCGCACCAAUGCCCUCACAAAACGUCCGCAAAGCGUUUGUUACAGAUUCCGCAAUUUUUGACCGAAGCGAAAAUUGUCGAGAACCGACCCAUCAGCGCCACUUGACCCAGAUGGAUGACGGGAUGUUUCGUGAUCAAAUUAGCUGCUGAUUUCCCAGUGCUUAUAUUCCUUGUCAUGUUUAUUGCACCACUCCUCUGCUCGGUACUAUUCAUAUAGCUCUGGUCAAAACAACUCAGACAGACACUUGCCUCACGUAAAAAUAGAAGCAACAAAACGAAGAAAAGCUCAGGCAGGCUGAGUCUAACCGGAGUUGUGAUGCAGAAGAGCCCGGUUUGGAACCAGAAGGGGAGUUCAUUUGCGCCAAACCACAGGGACGGAAGCCAGAGGGGAUGGAGCUCAGAAAGAGUAGCGCAGGGAGCGAUGAGCGGCAGAAGGCACGCUAGUUUGGCAGGCUUGACUCCGUUCAACAGCGGAAGAACUUUGCCUUCUAAAUGGGACGAAGCAGAGAGGUGGAUUUGUAGCCCUGUUUCCGGUUAUGUCAAUAAUAAUAACAAUAUCAAGGCCUCCCAUGCUCAUCCUCAGCGUCGACCCAAAUCCAAAAGUGGUCCUAUUGUGCCACCGGCGAAUGGGAUGGCCUUCUACUCCAAUUACUCGCCCACAGUACCUCUAAUUGAAGGUUUGGGUAUACAGAAUUUAAUGGCGGCUUCGCCUUUUUCCACGGGAGUAUUGGCGCCCGAUGCCUUCUCCGUUCAUCAUUAUAGGCUCGAGAAUGGAGUUCGAUGUCCUUGUCCAACAGUCGGUGGGUUUAGUUUGAUGCCUCUGUGCAGUGCGCAUAGGUGGUCAGAUCUCCUAUGUGACCCUUCAUCGCCUAACUCUCAAGAAGAGAAAGAUGACGAUGACGGCAAAAAUGAGAAUGCAGAGAUGUCUCCAAUUUCAAAACGGGAUAAAGGGACGCAGAUGAGCCCGGAGUCUGAGGAUGACGAGCAUCUGUCGGUAGUAUCUUCUCCCGGUUCGGUCACUGACCAACAGACUCAUUGUUCCACUAAAUUAGGAGUGAGAGAUGUGGAGGUGGACAGUCAAGCACCUAUUAUUAAAUGGUUCGAGAGGCAUGCCACCAAAAUGACUGAAAAUGCUUCGCUGCAAGCCAAGAGUUCUAGAGAAACUAGUACAGAAGCAGAAACUUCAUCUUGGGACAUCGUCGCUGCAGAUUCAACCAUAAACGCGUCCAAGGUACAGAGAGAGGUUGCCAAGAUCACUGCGUGGGAGAAUUUGCAGAAAGCGAAGGCAGAAGAAGCAAUACGGAGACUUGAGAUGAAGCUGGAAAAGAAGAGAUCGGCAUCAAUGGACAAGAUCCUAAACAAGCUGAGGUGGGUGCAGAUGAAAGCGGAAAAGAUGAGGGGGUCAAUACCCAAGCAUGGCCAUCAGACUCGGAGAAUUUUUAAAUUUGCAGAGACAUGGCCUCGAAGAAGCUGCUUCAGCAGCCAUGAUCUAUGACUAUGAAUGAUCCUCCUCUUACACAGGAAUUUCAUUGAGGAAUUUAAGUUUCCAGGUUGUCCAAUGACAGAUAGAGAGCGUAUGGAGACAAUUUGUACAGAUUCAGAAAGGGCAAGUGGAUCUGUCUCCUGAUUCUGAGAUAUGUUGUGUACAAAUAAUGCAUGAUGGUCUCAGGGGCGAUCUUUCGUUGUUGCUCUCCUCUCAAUUUAUUUUCUUGUUGCUGCUUGACAGGAUCUUUGAUGAUCUGCUCGGCUCAUUCAUGCUCUUAGUUGCUGGAACUUGUUUGUCGCCCCUCUGCCAAUGGAAAAAUUCCCCUAGUUUAGUUGCUCCCCUCAUACAAGUUACAAUAUGUACGCUUUGCUUGUUGACUUGAACAAUGCUGUUUCAUGUUUUUAAAAUUAUAUUUUCAUUUUAUACAAAACAAAAUAUGUAAUAUUUAUUAUUCCGUUAUCAUCAAUAUGAAAUAUGAAAACCCGGCCUAACAAGUUCUUCUAUUUGUAAGCUUGGAACAAUGGAGCUUCUCAUUCUUUAUGCAACACAUUAGACUUA